AUUCACAGCGACCAGAUGCCGUUCCGGUGCGACUACUGCCAGCGUCUCUUCAAGCACAAGCGGAGCCGCGACCGGCAUGUCAAGCUGCACACGGGCGACCGUAAGUACCGGUGCACCCAGUGCGAGUCCGCCUUCUCGCGCUCCGACCACCUUAAGAUCCACAUGAAGACACACGACAAUGGCAAGCCCUAUCAGUGCACUGUCUGCAAUAGGGGCUACAAUACGGCUGCCGCCCUCUCCUCCCACAUGCAGAACCACAAGAAAAUCAGUGAGCAAAACGCAGAUCUACCGGUGGCUCCUUAUACCAGAGGAAGCACACCCAAUGAGCAACAGGGUGACAAGGAUGGCAGAGAAGACGAUUCUCCGGAUCCGCCGAAGCCCCUGCUGUGCAAUUUCUGCCCUCAGGUGUGUUCUUCCCCCAACGCCCUUGGCGACCACGUGCUGCAGAGCCACCGCUCCUUCUCUUCCUCCUCCCCCCUCUCGGAAUCACCCCGUCCUCCUUCUUCCAGGUCCUGCUUCAAGUGCCUGGACGAACUGGCAUCGCCCAAUGCUGUCUGUCCCCACAGAAAGUCGCAUGGAGACACCGAUACUGACAAAAGUAGCUCUGACUCUAAAGCUCGCGAUGGUAUCUCACCUACGAUGAAAUUGACCUGUGGUUUCUGUUCCAAAUCAGACUUCCCAACCUUCGAAUCACUCCAACUUCAUGUUCAGGUUUUGCACGUCCCGACAGGAAGUGCAGCUGACAGUGCGCUCGCGGCGUCCAUCAGAUCCUUGCAGUCGAUGUUACAUGGCAAAAGACCACAUCAUGGCCAGAGUAUGCCUAUGGAUAACUUCAUGGGCUACGGAGGCAUAGAUUGCGAAUCGAGUUUGUCUGCUUUGCACAUGUUACAAAAACACGCUGCCAUGGGAGAGAAUUUGAUGUUGAAAAGGCCAAAUGAUAUUUACUGCUCUCAAUGCAAUAUUGGCUUCACUUCCUCAGCUGCUCUGUUGGAUCACGUGCAUCUUGUCCAUGAGAACACGAAUCCUAGUGUUUCUCGAUCACCCUCGUCACCUAUCAACAACCACUCCAGUAAAAGGUCAUAUGCCAGUUCCCGCCUGAGACCGAACGGUGCGAAACAUCUGAAGACAUCAACUUCCAUGGUACCGCAUUCCGCUGUUUUCAAUGGUACAUCCAAUUCCCACUAUAGAAGACAGGAUCCGGGAGGAGGGCAAAACUUGAGCUCUGGUCAUAGUCCAGACACCAGCCCCAACACACUUCUGUGCAGCCAGUGCAAUGCAGGUUUCUCCGAUUUCGAAUCCUUCCGAACUCAUCUCAAGAGUCAUCUGGACGCAGCGGCGGCCGCCUCGACAUCCGGCCAAGGUCCGGUACCUGUGGCUACUUCCUCCCUUCAACUACAUACCUGUCCUGAAUGCAAUGCUGAAUUCAGCACAGAGGCGUUGUUGGACAGUCACGUGAUCGGGCACUUCCUGUCGGCAUCCACCGAGUAUGGAUGUCCAUCUUGCAUGAAACUUUUCCAAAAGCCAGACGAGCUACAGAAGCACCUGAUGGAUGUGCAUGCUUACCACCUGUACCGGUGUGCCCUGUGUAAACAGAUAUUCGAUUCGAAGGUCAGCAUCCAAGUCCAUUUCGCUGUCAAGCACAGCAACGAAUGCCGAUCUUUGAAGUGUACUUCUUGCAGCGCUUAUUUUAGAUCCGAAAUGGAAUUCCAGGUGCACGUCAAGCUCAACCACCUGUCUUCCAAGAACUUCCACUCCAGAACUUCCAAUAGCACCACAUACCGGUGUCUCCUCUGCGAUCAGAUCUUCCCCAACGAGGUUCAGCUUCGAUUCCACACUUCUACCCAUAAGAAGCAGUUCACUUGUAGUGCUUGUGGCGACGCGUUCCAUGUUGAAUUCCUCCUCGACAGACACAUCCAAACCGUCCACCAAGGAAUAGCAACUUCUUCGCCACCAGCGCACCAGUUUAUCGGCCACCCGAGUGGCAGCAGUCCUGUUCCACCGCAUGUAAUACCACCACCAACUUCUGGACCUACGACUGGACAACAAAACGAAGAAGCACAGAAUCUUUGCACGAAAAAAUCUACGAAUGGAAACAUAUCAAGAGGUGAACAGCUAACUUCAAGCGAACCAAUUCCAGCAACUGUCUCAACUUCAACUCCAGCAAAUUCUCUUCAACCUCCUACAAAUGCCAAUUCCAAGUCGCCUGCUGCGAACAGGUCUGAUUACCGCUGUGACAUUUGUGACGUCGUGUGCACGUCUGAAUCAGGCCUUGCGGCUCACAGGCGGCAAGCUCACCAUGUUCGGAUGCAUAAAGAACAUAAAUCCGGCAACGGGUCUGCCGGAUCGACUACAGUCAGUCUGUUCUGUGCUUACUGCAAUGAAUCCUGUAAAUCCAGAGGAGAGCUGGAGAAUCAUAUGAAGGCCCAUACGGCGACGCCAAGCAAACAUAAGUGCAAUAUAUGUGACGAGAUAUGCCCGUCAGCGACGACUCUGGCUGAACACAAGCUUACGCAUUGCAAGGUGGUUUCCGGAAGUACGUGUAUAGUUUGUCGUGUGCAACUAGCCAAUGAAGACCAGUUUUUGAGCCACAUUCAGCAACAUAACACAGCUUCACCUAACACUAAUGGCAAUGGUCUGCCGGUACCGUGCGUCGUUUGCAGGCAGACUCUGGUUGUGGACGUCGAGGUUAGGAUGCAUGCAAAAUUCCACCUGAAGAACGCUUCCUUCGAACCUUCUCUUGGCACAUCGGCGCCAUGUUGUGUGUGUUCCAGAAUGUUCGAUCCAGGAAAUUUGAUAAUCCGGGCUUCCGGUAAAACUUCCGAUUCAUUACCUCCUCAUACAUACAUGUGCAAGGAGUGUUUCCAUUCAAAGGGAGAAGGCGAGUCCGGAUUACCGAGGUGCACCGAGUGCAACGUUAAAUUUGAGACAUUCGCUGACCUUGACAACCACCGAAGAACUGUGCAUCAUCACGUAGAGGAUAAGAAAACUUAUCAGUGCAUCAAGUGCCAGAUGUCGUUCGAGUCGGAGGCGGAUAUUCAAGCUCACGUGACAUGCCAUGUUCUGCAUGAAGGAACUCAACAUGAAUGUAAAUUGUGCCAUGAGGUUUUGGAUUCCCCCUCAAAGCUCCAGUGCCACUUGAUAGAGCACACUUUUGAAGGUAGCUCCCAUUUCACGUGCUACCUAUGUGCAUCUGUCUUCACCAGUUCACACCUUUUACAACGCCACAUGCUCGACCACGGCCUCGAUGCCCGACCCUACGACUGCAGUGAAUGCCGGCAGAAAUUCUUCUUCAGGGCUGAGCUGGAAAAUCAUUCAUUCGUGCACAUAUGGGAGAACAUGAGCAGGCUUCAGACAUCUUCCAAACCUGCACCAAAAGGUCAAGGCAAUGGUGAGAGUUCGCGCCUUCUGUACGAGUGCCAAAAGUGCCCGUGUGUCUUCGGUAGCCCCGUGGAUCUGGCAAAGCACCAGCAACAUUCCCACGGCCAUGAGGCCGGCAGACCUCACUUCACGUGUCCGAGCUGUGGAAUGGAAUUUGGUGGCUUAGAUGACCUGAGAGGCCAUAUGAUUCUAAUGCACCCCACCGUCGGUCUGGUAGAUGCUUUUCCUUCGGACAGAGGUUCCCUUAAGGAUCUCUACAAAUUUGAUGACGAAUCCGUAUUGAAGGAAAAGUCCUUGAGAUCAUCCCAUAAUAAAGGAUGGAAAGAAAAAAAGUCAUUUGACUGUCCGGUGUGCAAGAAAAAAUUUACGAGAAAAGAGAACAGAAAACUACACAUGAAGUCACACCAUCAUGUUUCAAGUUCUAAAACAGUGAAGAAACCAGAAAUCAAGGAACAGAAAAGGACAGACAUCACUUCCACCACGCAUCCUUGUGAAUCAUGUGAAGAGUCUUUUCCGUCCACAGACCUUCUGAGAAGGCAUUUAAGAGACUCCCAUGGGAAAACAUUCGAACACACAUGCAUCGUCUGCAACCAGCCUUUUGAGAACGAGCAGAGCCUUCAAAGCCACCAGACAGACGAACAUCGUCCCCAAGUCCUGGAAAAGAAAGUUGAUGGAGAUGAAAUAGUGACACUGAAAACCGAAACUGAAUCUUAUCCAACGUCACCUGAGCCAUCUGGUUCGAACUAUCGCCAAUCAGGGUCGAGCUCUGGGGAAGGGGAGAGUAACCAAACGGUAACCAUGAGCGAAAGUGAACUGGCCACGGAGAUGCUGGAUUACAAUGGGCCAGAAGAGAGAACCAACCUUCCAGCAGAGGUAGUAGCGUGAGAGAAUAUUUGCCCUUCAGUGACCUUUAAAUCUUCCCUGCGAUGAUAAAAUGCGUUUUCAAAGUUCCGCCAGAGAUCAAAGUCUAUAUGGGCAAAGUCUAUAUGACAAGGAAAUGUUUAUGAAACCUUUCCAGAACAGUUGCCUCAUCUAAGACGAAUUAAUCAUUUCCAAUAAUAUCCAGACUUAGGCUUGAUCGAAGAUACCUUGAAGAUUAUGAGUACUAAUGACUGUUGGAGGAUUUUAUUUGUUGUAAUUUGUUCACACUGUUUAAAUAACUAUAAACACCAAACCGUCCUGUUAUCCUUCGUCAACUUGAGCAUGACCCUAGUGCCAAAACUCUACAUCGGUGCAUAGAAUUUAAUGUUUUUUGUAAAGUUGAUACGACUCUCGCAUCUACGCUCACGUAGCCCCAGUGUCAGUUAUUAUUUAUACGGUAUAAAAGUCUGCAUAUCAAAACUCUUGAUGUUGUAAGUGGUAAAAGGAAGCAAAAAUUGAAUUGUUGAUUGAAGUUUGUGAUACCAGAGUAAUGCUGGGCUCAAGAAGCUCAAUGGAAUACCGGUGCUUUUGAUAUUUUAGACACUUCUAUAAGUAUUUCAUCCUGUUACUUGUAUAAAUAUAUUUUCAUUAUUUUGGAUUUGAUUUCCAAAAGAAAAAUGUUAUCUAUUUAUUGGGCUUUCCUUAAACAUUUCAC